AAAGAACUCAUCCAUUCACCAACUUUUGAAAACUGAGCUCCUUGGUCACGGCACUGUAUACGCGCGUCGACUUCACUCGCGGCCGGCGCCAAAAUAACUCCGUUCACCUCACCCUUCAGUUUGAAAUCCAUACAUUCAACGUAUAAUCGCCGGAGCUGCGGAUGCUCCACUGUCCAUAGCCGCCGAUCGGAGACGAUGAGCGGGGCCAGGCUGUGCGCCUUGCUCGGCGAGCUAGGUUUCGAAGGGGCGGAGGCGCUCGACCCCGACAGCUUCGAGUGGCCCUUCCAGUACGACGACGCCCGUCCCAUCCUCGACUGGAUCUGCUCCAGCCUCCGUCCCUCCAACGUCCUCUCCCUCUCCGAGCUCUCCCAGUAUGAGCAGUUCCUGCAAGAAGGGAAGCUCCUCGAGGGAGAAGACUUGGACUUUGCUUAUGAUAGCAUUUCAGCCUUUGCGGCAAGAAGAGACAACCAGGAGGCAGUUUUUGGGGCUGAGGAAGGAUUGAAGGAUAUAAGGGAUGCAACAUUGGCAUACAAAGCUGAAGCCUUGGAGCUGCAGAGACAGCUAAGAUAUCUGCAGUCUCAAUUUGAUAUGCUAACUACGCAGGCUUCAUCCUUGAUACAAGGCAGGCGGGCACGAGUUGCUGCUACAUCUGCUGUGAAUGGGCAACUAACUGCAAUUGACGACAGUCUCUCAGCGAGGAAUUUGCAGAUGAAUGCUGUUCUCGGAAGGAUUGCUUCCACAGCACAAGAGUUAGCACAGUAUCAUUCUGGCGAUGAGGAUGGCAUUUACCUUGCUUACUCCGACUUUCAUCCCUACUUGCUUGAAGAUUCAGCUUGUAUAAUGGAGCUAAAUCAAUGGUUUACAAAACAUCUGGACACGGGCCCUUUUAGAUUAGUUGCGGAGGAGGGAAAAUCAAAAUGCUCAUGGGUCAGUCUGGAUGAUGUCUCAAAUACUCUUGUCAGAGAUUUAGAAAAAUCACAACAUCAGCGAGUUUCUGAGUUGCAACGUCUUCGUUCUGUAUUUGGAACCAGUGAGAGACAGUGGGUGGAAGCCCAAGUGGAGAAUGCUAAACAGCAAGCUAUUCUGCUGGCACUGAAAGGUCAAAUAGCAGCAGAUGAAGCUCACAUUCAUCUAGAUCUUCAUUCUCUCAGGAGAAAGCAUUCUGAGUUGGUGGGAGAAGUUUCAAAUCUUCAUCACAAAGAAGAGAAAUUAUUAUCUGAGACAAUUCCGGAUCUUUGUUGGGAGCUUGCUCAACUCCAAGACACAUACAUUUUGCAAGGUGAUUAUGAUUUGAAGGUCAUGCGCCAAGAGUACUAUGUUAACCGACAGAAAAUGUACAUAAAUCAUUUGAUCAAUCAGCUUGCGAGGCAUCGGUUUCUGAAAAUUGCCUGUCAACUCGAGAAAAAGAAUAUGCUUGGAGCAUAUUCACUGCUUAAAGUUAUUGAAUCAGAACUACAGGAGUACCUUUCAUCAACCAAGGGUCGAGUGGGUCGUUGCUUGGCACUGAUUCAAGCUGCUUCUGAAGUUCAAGAACAAGGAGCAGUGGAUGAUCGAGAUACGUUUCUUCACGGUGUUAGGGACCUCUUAAGCAUUCACUCAAAUGCUCAAGUAGGGAUGUCAACGUAUGUGUCAGCUCCUGGUAUUAUUCAGCAGAUAUCUGCUCUUCAGUCAGAUCUGAUGACACUUCAGUCGGAUCUUGAGACUUCACUUCCAGAAAACAGAAAUAGAUGCAUUAAUGAACUGUGCACUCUUAUCCAAAGUCUGCAGCAAUUAUUAUUUGCAUCUUCAACGACCGCACAGCCUCUCUUGACUCCACGGCCGUUGAUAAAGGAGCUUGAUGAGAUGGAGAAGGUGAAUGCCAAACUCUCCUCUGCGGUCGAAGAGGUGACUCUUGAGCACUGCAAAAAGAUCGAGAUUAUGAAGCAUCACGCGCAGGAGGUUGAAAUCCAGAGACGAGUUUUCGUAGAUUUCUUCUGCAAUCCCGAUCGCCUGAGAAGCCAAGUCAGGGAACUUACUGCUCGAGUUAGAGCCUUACAAGCUCAAAUCUCCUAGAGCCUUUCUUUCCUUUUUCCCCUUUUCUUUCUUCUUUUGCUAUUCUUGGGCGUUUGGGUGUGUUUUGGGGUGCCAUAGCUUUCUGAUGCAGAAUACAUUUCGAUUCAGUUGAUUUUGAAUCGAAGAUCCAACUCGUCUCAAAAGCCAAUGCAUGUAUCAUCACUUAUCUAAAAUUGAAUUACUGUCGAUAGUAUGGCCAUUUAUUGUCACAAUUCAACUAGACACCGUAUAUUUGCAAAACAUUUCGGUCUAAUAAACAUCCUUUUCGACUUGAAAGAAA